GAGACUCAUUUUCCCUUUCCAAAUUUUGGAUUUCACUUUCAAUUUGAUUUUCCCACCCCAGAAUUUCCAUCUCCCAAUCAUAAAGCGAUUUGUUAUUGUAAUUCUGCGAGAGAAGUCUUUAUUUUUGCGUUCGUUAUACUUGCAAUCGUAAUCAGCUUUGCGAAUAAAGAGAAAAUAAUUGGCAGAGGGGAUAGAAGAAAAAUGUCGCUAACAGUGGCAGCGGCUAAACAAGCCGAGAAACUUCGAAUAGACGGAAACAGUUAUUUCAAAAAAGAUCGGUUUGGUGCCGCCAUCGAUGCUUAUACUGAGGCUAUUACGUUGUGUCCUGAUGUUCCGAUCUAUUGGACCAACAGGGCUGUGUGCCACCGCAAGCGGAAUGAUUGGACCAGAGUGGAGGAGGACUGUAGGAGAGCAAUUCAGCUCGAUCACAAUUCUAUAAAGGCUCACCAUAUGCUGGGUCUUGCACUGCUACAAAGGGAAGAUUACACUGAAGGAGUCAAGGAAUUGGAAAAAGCCUUGGAUCUUGAAAGGGGUGCAAGCCCUAAGGGUUACAAGGUAGAAGAGAUAUGGCAAGAUCUUGCAAGAGCAAGAUAUUUGUUGUGGGAACAUGAGUCUACCAAACGUUCAUGGGAUCUUCAAAAUUUGAAAGAAACAUGCAUGGCAGCUCUGAAGGAGAAACAUUUCCUUGACACUUCACAAGUGGAAGGAUUUGUGGAUGAGAAUAUUCAAUCCAAUUUAGAACAAUUGGAAGCUUUAAAUGGAGUAUUUAACAAAGCUGCUGAAGAUGAUAUCCCUACUGAUGUGCCGGACUAUUUGUGCUGUAAAAUUACUCUAGACAUUUUCCGCGAUCCUGUCAUUACUCCAAGUGGACUUACAUAUGAGAGAGCAGUAAUUCUUGAUCAUCUGCAUAAGGUUGGCAACUUUGAUCCAGUUCGCCCAGAACCCUUGUAUUCAUCACAGUUGGUGCCCAAUUUAGCCAUAAAAGAAGCUGCGCGUGCGUUUCUGGAGACACAUGGGUGGGCUUACAAGACAGAUUGAUGGUCUUACCAUUUGUCAGUUGUAUGGCUCAGGUAAAAGAUAUGACUCAUCUUUUCUCUUCAGUUUGGGUUAAACUGGUUCCGACAGUAAUCAUUGUUGGUUAUCCUAUUAUAUCGAGUGUAAUUGUUGAUCCCUCUUUACUCUCAAUAUGAUAAGUGUGAAGUCAAAUUGGUCGUUUUGGAAAUGUACAGUAUCUAUUUCUGUAGCAUUUACAUGGUCGUAGAACUCUAUCCAUAGAUGAAAAAGAAGUUUACCAUAUGUCUGAUCAUGCAUUCCUUGGCUUUAAUUUU